UGUGCUCCAGGUGGCCGUGGUGGGUGGCAUAUAAGUAGAGGCCUGCAUUCGCCGCCGUUCUCAUACCCUCACCACGUCCUUCGGCUACCUCUUACUUUUACUCCGCGCGCUCGGAACACGAGUGGUGUUCUUUUUUUUCCGUUUCGUUUCGUUUCUGUCUUCCCGCCACCGCGUCGUCGUCGCCCCGUUCCUCUCUUUCCCUGGGCCGAGAGGUAGUCCCCCUGUCGCUGGGCCAGCCGCGGGCGUACACGCGCACCCACACAGAGACAGACAACAGACACAGCACACGCUCUCUAGGCUCGUCCCGGCUUAGGGAACCGGAGCACGAAGAGUGAGAGUGCAGAGACAGAGGGACGUCGGGGUACCCAGUGAAAAAUCGAGGAAGAAGCGAAGAGGAGACGACGAUGGUCGCGAGUGUCCGGUGACGAUACUGAUCGGUGUUCUUGUUCAGCAGUACCGCAACCGCAUCCGAACCGCAUCGGUCUUAUUCGCAGUGUUUUACCGCGCAGCUCGCGACAUCGUCCACGACUACGGAACAGGAAGAACAAGGACCAACGAGAACCUGAAACAGGACCUGCCCGUCAACAUGUGGCUGAAAUCGGCGCUCCUAUUAUGCUGCGUCCUCGCUAGCGUCCUAGCGGAGGAUAAGGCUCAGACGAAGCAGCCGGUGAAAAUCGAAGAAUUUGUCACAUCUCACAAGCUGCCGGAGAGCCUAGCCAGGCGGACGCAGUUCAACGACGACGAAGACGAGGACGUGGUGGACGUCGAGAGCAGGGCUGUCUCGAAGGACAGCAAACACGCGAAGAAAGUGGUGCCGCGACUCGAGAGCUUUGAUAAGAAGCCGGACCAAGUACGCCGGUUCGAUUUCGGCGAGGACGAGAAAGCGAACGCGAAGAGGCAAGUGCGAGUGGAGCUGGAGAACUUCAGCGACACUGGAGUCCUCCAGGAAGACGGUGUCAGGAGAGGUGACGGGCAUAGGUCGCGUUCCGAAGGUCAGAGGGAUUCCGUCAUACCUGGAGUCCGCGUCAGCGACGAAUACCCCACGACCAUGAUGCCGUUGCUGACGACGCCUCGCGAGGCACGCGGCUUUGACUUCGUCCCGGUGAACAUUAUUCGUGACGAUGGCAAGGAGACCUCGUUCCGAGAUCGCAACUUCGGCGACUUCAGCGACGUCAGUUUAGUUCCGGCCGGCACGAACUCGAGAAUCCAGGUAAAGAAAGGGCCGAACGGCAAGGACUACGAAUACGAGUACGUAUAUUAUUAUUACAACUAUGAAGACGAGGAUGAAAGUAAGGCCGGUUCGGCGGACUCUUCCGUCACCAAUUCUCACGACGUUCCUUCUAGGACGACGUCCGCGCCUAGGCGCGGCGGAUCGUCCGCCGCCAACAGGAACAAGUACAGUAGCGUGGAACGGAGCACCGUCGAGCCAGCCAGCAACGAAGUCAUACCGAACAGAAACGGGAACCGGGGACGGCAGUUAACCGAGGCCGAAGACGUCUCCGAGGAAAGAUUGCCUGCCAACACCAGGUUCCCACCCAGGUCCAGAUCGAACCACAACACGGGUACCACAGAACCUUCGAGGACCCGUGGUAACCGUCCCCGACCUAGCCUGGACCUGGUGGACUCGAGCAGCUUCAGGACCCAUCAGGAGGGGCCCGAGUUCCCUCAAGUGCUGCCUAAGGGUCCUGUCAGAUUCCUGGGAGUAACACCGAACGAAGAGGCUGAGGACAAGACUAGUAGCAAGGGUAGAGGCAGACCACAUAGAGUCCAGGAGCCUGCGCCAGUGGAAGAGGAAGUAGACGACUCGCCUCUUCCCACUACCAGGAGGAGACCAAUAAGCAGCACGCCGUCAUCCGAGGUGAAUAAUCGAAAGAUAGUGGAAGACGAGACCAAGAGCAGCUCGAGAUCGGUCGAGCAAGCAGAAAGCAAAGAGGAAUCCUCUGCUGAAAGAAGCAAAGAGAGAGGUUCCCUGGAGAGAGGCUCCCUGGAGAAACAGGACUCGGAGGAGCAGGACUCCUCCUCGACCUCCCCGAGCACCGCCUCUGUUACUACCGACAGUCCAACGACAGAGUACCCAUCAGCCAUGGAUAAGGUAGCUCUGGACUUGUACGCCUUCGUGCAGCAGGGUCAGAACAACCUGGUCGAGGCUUCCAGUAGCGAACCCACAUCGGAUGGGACUACCCUAGCCGAGGAACCGACUACCACCGACUUGGCAGCUACCACUGAAUCCACCGGUACAACGUUAACCGUCGAUCUCACCACGACGGCCGAACCAACGACUACUACUACAACUACCACCACCACUACAACGACAACGACCACUACAACCACCACUGAAGCCCCCACGUCUACUACGCAAGCUGCUGGAAGGGGCAAGUUCAGGAGGCCUGGACUAGGUGGACCGGCCACCUCACGUAACCGAUUCAAGUCGAACGGAGGCGGCAGUACAACCACCACCGAGUCCCCAGAGCCUACCCAGCGUACCCGAAAUCGCUUUGGAGGGAACGGGUCGAAUGGCGGGUUCAAGAGAGCAAGACCAGGUCACAAGCAGCCUGUGGAAGAGGAUGCUGUGCAAAAGGAGAGCGCUAGUUCAGUCCAUGCUGAACGACCGUCUACCACAAAUGGUCGCGGAAGGUUCCGUGGUACCGGGACAACCAGGGCAACCAUCUCCACAACCACAAGCUCGCCCACGAAUGGCGCCGGAUCGACUUCCUCCACCAAUGGCGUGUCUAGACCAACGUUCAACAAGCUGAACCUCAACAGACGUCGCGGCAGACCAACGACCACGGCGCCGAACACCAGCGAGGAGAGCCAGGACUCCAAAGAGACCGCUAAGGAGACGACCCAAGAGGCUGUCACGACUGCCCCUAAGACCACAGUCAGAGCGAGACUUCCGGUACCUGGAGCCAGGCCACCAGUUAUCAAACCCGGCGGAGUCCGAUUGAAUCCAAGACAGAAACCAGGACAGCCUACCACUACCAGCACCACCACGCCAGCUGUGCCUGCGGACACUUCGGGAGAAGCUUCAAUAGAAGAGCCUGCGGGAGAGGGCACCGAGGAGGAGACCCACGAAGCGCCAGCAGAAACCAGCCCGCCGCCGACCAAGUCGACGACGGUGAAUCCCCUAAACAAGCUGCGCAACCGCAACCGUCUGCAAGUGCACCCGAAGUCGACGACCAGGUCUCCGGUGACUUUGCCUGCUAGGAGGUCACCUUUGCUACCGCGGCGCAAGGUAACGGAAGCGCCCGUAGUGCAGACCAGCCAGGAAGAAGUCUCCGAGGAACCACAGUCGUCCAGUAGCGAAACGGAAUCGACUGAGGCGACAUCUGCCGAAACCAGCACCGCGGCCAGCACGAGACACGAGGAGACGCGUGGACUGAGUGGCCUGCUGGCCCCCAGGCGCAGGAUAGCGCCCCGACGCCCUGGACAGAUCGUCUCCCGGGAAUAGGCAGCCGGGAUUCGCCUAGACUCGGUGCUCGAUGAUCAAAAACGCGCCCCCAAACAUCGAGACACCUACAUUCCGCCGAUAACCGUCGCUGAGCUGACUGGAGCGCGGCUGACGGGACCCCAGACACCGGUAUAAUAACCGUCCGCUGUCGGAGUGCGCUGCUACCGAAUAACCCAAAGUCUGUAGGCCUGUUCUACAGACCUUGUGAAUAACCUAUCUCCAGACUAGACCCGCUCCUGCAACGGACGGUUAACAGCGUCUCUGAUGGGACAGACAACGUUUCUUAGGGGCUAAGCGUGUUCUCGUUGGAACGAAUGCGACGGUAUUGUAGGGGAUCCUGGUAUAUUUAGAUAGAUGGUAGUCUAGAUGGCCAAUUUAAAAACGAAAACACCAGAUCAGCAGCAGUAGGUAGUUGAAAAUUGUUUGGGAAGAGCUGAUGUUCGUGAUUUAGGCUACUGGCUCCCCUAACUUAGAUCGAAGACUAUGUCUCGGCUACUAAGGAUCAUUCGAAAGUUGAAGAUUAGGAAAAGAAGAAAGUUCAGAGCUGGUUCAGGUCUUAAACGUUCGUGUCCUAGGUCCAACAUCGCGACGACAUCGUUCUAGCGAGGACAGUUGCGAAGGAAAGCGAAGAAGCAAGGCUUGGCUAAGCGAUAGUCGACGAAUUGAUGCGGGGGCGUUUAGAAAACGGUGUCUCGAGCUCCCAGAUAGAAGGUCGGAUGUACAUAGUGAAUUUCGCGCAGCGUGACCCGCGUCCUUUUCCACGGCGUUUAUUGCGAGGCGCGAUCGAUACGUCCGCGAUGCCAUAAUCGAGGCCCGGUACCAACGUUGGGCUGCCGUUCCGCGGCGAUUUCCAACGGGAGCGCGAACUGGAAACGAUUAUACGAUACUACUUCUUAUUUAAAGGCGACGAUCGCGAGGAGGAUAACGGUCGCCGAGAAUGAUCGACGUAUGGUUAUAAUUAGACUGCGGAUCUUGUGCGGAGCUUGCCCGAAGCUUAAUCAUGGUUUCUAAAUAUGUCGAGUGAUAAGAAAUUCCAUUGUGCGAGCAAUCUAUUUAAUUGUUUGUGGUUUGUAAAUUAACCGGCAGUUGCAGAACCGACAUCCGCAGCCUAGUAUUAAUAUUUUUGUAAUUACAAUGUUCCAUGAUACACUGUAAAUAUGAUAUGAUAUUGCAAUUAAACGUGUGUAAAAUCAA